AUAAAAGGAUAUUAGUUAUGGGAAUUAACUGGCCCUGAAUUACAGCCUUGAACAAAACUGGAAACCUUUUGAUAAUACAAAGGACUAACUCCUGAGAAUGUACCUUUCUUUUCUUACAUCAAUGGUGCUAGCUGGGGUGCGCUACGCUCAUCCUGCUGUCUCUUGUUCCGCCUGCUCCCUUUGUGCUCCCAUUCUGCCCUGCCAUGCCCUGCUCUCAAGAGGCACAAGUCAUCUCCCCCAGCAAAUGGGCCCGGCCUGCGGAGGAGGGCGGCAUGCGGCUCCGCUUUGUCCGGCUUUCGGAGCACGCCACCGCUCCGACCAAGGGGUCCGAGCGCGCCGCGGGCUAUGACCUAUACAGUGCCUGUGAAUACACAGUACCACCUAUGGAGAAAGCUCUUGUGAAAACAGACAUUCAGAUCGCUCUUCCUAAUGGGUGCUAUGGGAGAGUAGCUCCACGUUCUGGCUUGGCUGCAAAACACUUCAUAGAUGUAGGAGCUGGUGUCAUAGAUGAAGAUUAUAGAGGAAAUGUUGGUGUUGUACUGUUUAAUUUUGGCAAAGAAAAGUUCGAAGUCAAAAAGGGUGAUGGAAUUGCACAGCUCAUUUGUGAACGUAUAUUUUACCCAGAAAUAGAGGAAGUUCAAGUUUUAGAUGACACUGAAAGGGAUUCAGGAGGUUUUGGAUCCACUGGAAAUAAUUAAAAUUUAUGCCAAGAACAGAAAAUAAGAAAAUAUACUUUUUCCUU